GGUCACUCUAGCUGACGCGCGCGCGUGCGUACGCCUGGGCUUGCAGAGGCACGUCAGGUCCCACGGCACUCCAUGUAUGGUGCCCGAACUGCCCUUUUGUAUCCCACUGGGGUCUGCCCGGGUUGCCCAUAGAUGCCUUUUCCACCCUCCUGCACUGCUCCGAUCGUCGCGAAUUUAGUACGGUCAGCUUCCGUCGGGCAGCCAAGCCUGCCCGUGCUCGGGCAGUUCGCCGUGCUUUUUCUAUCGUCUUCGAUUCCAUUAAAAGAAACUUCUGUGAAGUCCAUUUCCUGGGAUUUCUGUGUUCUCUGAGCAGACAUUUUCUUGGGGCUCUACUGAGGGAGAUUAACAUCGUCUCUGUUGGAGCCGUCGCUGUUCCUAGUCGCCGCGAGCUUGUUCAUUUUCUGGCUUGGGAAGGCCUUAUCAUCCGAUCCGCUUCUUGUGAUCUGCUUCCCCGUUCUGUUUCCUCUACUGGGUAUCUGUUGCUUCGCUCGAUUUUGGGUCUUUUGAGGCGAUGAUUCUGAAAGAGUAGCAUUAUUUGGGAAUAUUCACUUUUUGGGGGCUCGCGUGAGGCAGAUAUUUAAAAGUGUAUUGGCGAAGAAGAGGCCGUGUUUUGAAUUUGGAAUUGGUGGUGAGCGUUUGAGAUUUUGACGGGAUUGGAUGAUAUCUGGUCUGGGUUUAGGGUUUCUGAAAGAUGGGAUUAGGUACUGAGGGCGUGAAGGCGGAGUCCUGGGAUGUGGGCAAAUCCAAGUCUAGGAAGAACAAAGAUGGGGCUUUGGAGGAAACUGGUUGCUGGCCAAAGCUCAGGUUUAUAGGGAGCUGCAUUUCUUCGAGAUCUAAGGUUGAUAAUUCUGUCAGCGGCACCAGUACCCAUUGCGCAGAAGGUAAAUCUACAAAUGAUACAAGCACAGACCAGCCGAUUGCUCCAGCAGUGUCAUCUUCAACCACCAGUAAUGCAGAAAGUAAUUCAUCUACUUCAAAACUUGAAGAAGAACUCAAAGUUGCAUCUCGACUUCGGAAAUUCUCAUUUAAUGAUCUUAAGAUGGCAACAAGAAAUUUUAGACCUGAGAGUCUUCUUGGAGAGGGUGGUUUUGGUUGUGUAUUCAAGGGUUGGAUUGAAGAGAAUGGAACUGCUCCAGUGAAGCCAGGCACGGGUCUAACUGUUGCUGUUAAAACUCUCAACCAUGACGGGCUUCAGGGUCACAAAGAAUGGCUGGCUGAAGUUAGUUUUCUCGGUGACCUUAUUCAUCCUAAUUUGGUUAAAUUAAUUGGUUAUUGCAUUGAAGAUGAUCAAAGGCUGCUAGUAUAUGAGUUUAUGCCUCGAGGAAGUUUGGAGAACCACCUGUUUAGGAGGUCCCUGCCUCUUCCAUGGUCCAUAAGGAUGAAAAUUGCACUUGGUGCUGCAAAGGGUCUUUCUUUUCUUCACGAGGAAGCGGAAAGGCCAGUGAUAUAUCGUGAUUUUAAGACCUCCAACAUCCUAUUAGAUGCGGAUUACAAUGCUAAGCUUUCUGAUUUUGGACUUGCCAAGGAUGGUCCUGAGGGUGACAAGACUCACGUCUCUACCCGUGUGAUGGGAACAUAUGGUUAUGCAGCCCCCGAGUAUGUAAUGACAGGACAUCUUACUUCCAGAAGUGAUGUUUACAGCUUUGGUGUGGUUCUGCUAGAAAUGCUGACAGGCAGAAGAUCCAUGGACAAAAAUCGACCCAAUGGAGAACAUAACUUGGUGGAAUGGGCACGACCUCAUCUAGGAGAGAGGAGGAGGUUCUACAGACUGAUUGAUCCUCGGCUUGAAGGUCACUUCUCGAUAAAAGGUGCCCAAAAAGCAGCACAAUUGGCUGCCCACUGCCUCAGUCGGGAUCCAAAAGCUAGGCCGCUGAUGAGUGAAGUUGUUGAAGCCUUGAAGCCCCUUCCAAACCUCAAGGACAUGGCCAGCUCAUCCUAUUAUUUCCAGUCUGUACAAUCUGACCGUGUUGGGUCCAGCCCAAAUGCUAGAAAUGGCCUUCGAACUCAGGCAGGAUCCCUUCCAAGAAAUAGUCAAUUGAGGAGCCUUUCCAUACAGAAUGGUGCUCAUGCUUCGCCCUAUCACCAACAGCAGCUCCCUCAUCAAUCACCAAAACCCAGCGGUAAACCCUAGCAUUGGGUUCCUAGUUUCUUCUCCCCCCCCCCAAAAAAUCCUUUUUAUCAAUCAUUUGUUUUCUUUUACCUUUAUCCUUUUUUUUUUAAUUAUAUAAAUAUAGAUAUAUUUUAUGUUGAAGCAUUUGUUCCUGGGAAAGCAACAGAGAAACAUGUUUGCUUUAUGUGUUCUGUCAAGAGUGGUGACCUCCCAGUGGGGGGCAGAGCUUCAGGGGAGGUGAUUUUUGUGCUGAAUGUGAUAUCAACCAUGUGUUGCUUUUGUUUGUAUGAAAAUAUUGAAGAUUAUUGCCCUCC